UCAUUCCGUGGCUGAGAAGUUUAUUCCCUGUUGUUUUGCACUAAAGAACUUUGUUUUGAUUUCUUUUCGCAAUUAUGAGAAAAGCUUUUCUGCGAUAAACAAAUUGUAUGGAAGAUCCAUUUGUUUUUUACGUUCUAUGAAAGACUGGUGGUCAAUCUCAACUUUAAACAGGAAUCUUUUUAACAAUUUUUUACUUACGCAAGACUGUUUGGCAAAUCCAGCAUUUGUAAGAUGGAAGACCAUGAAGCCCAGAAUGAUGAAAUCCUUGCAUUGAAAAGUAUUUUUGAUGAGACCCAAAUCCAUGUGAACAGCUCCAGUCAUCCAAUUGUUGGUUGCAUUUAUGUGAAGCCAGAAGUUCCCUCAACAUUUGAAAUUCAAGCAAAGAAAAAUGGACAGCUGCUCAAAUUCCGUGUUCAACAUCUUUCUCCAAUUGAAUUACAUUUUAAUUACCCAGUAAACUAUCCAUCAGAAAAGCCACCUAACUUUACGUUGGUUUGUAAGUGGCUGAGACGAGACCAGCUUUCAAAGCUAUGCCAACAGCUUGACAAGAAGUGGGAGGAUGAUGUGAAAGGUCAGGCUGUGCUGUUUGAAUGGAUACAAAUACUGCAGUAUGAAGCCUUAAAAUGGCUCGAAAUUGACAGCUACGUAGACCUAUCAUGGGUUUAUAUGACAGGACAAAAUUCUAGACUGUCAUAUGGUCCAUCAGAUUAUCAACAGUUGCCAACUGCAAUUGCUGGGUCAAGAUCAGUUGGGAAAUUGGAUUCCAGAGCUGUUUGUGAUAACCAGUAUGAAGGAGACCUCUUAGAUGUGUUGCGUGAAUAUGAAAGGAUAGCGGAACAAUUGGUGUUUGAUAAGGCUAGUCACACAUGCAAAGUUUGCUUUGACCAUAGGUUGGGUGCAAAUUGCAUACAGUUUCCGAGCUGUGGACAUGUAUAUUGUAAAGAAUGCAUGAGUAGCUAUUUUGAAGUCAAAAUCACCGAAGGAACAGUAAACGGAUUAAUUUGUCCCGAAGACAAGUGCACAUCACAGCCUUCCCCUGGUCAAAUCAAAGAAUUGAUUAGUCCUGAUGCCUUCGAACGAUACGAUUCUUUGCUUUUGCAAUCUACCAUAGCAUCGAUGAUCAACAUUGCGUACUGCCCGCGACCACAGUGUCAAUAUCCCGUGUCUUACGAUCCGGAGAGCAAUCUAGUUUCUUGUCCAUACUGCAACUUCCAUUUUUGCCUUAUGUGCAAGGCAACCUACCAUGGAGUUGCUCCAUGCAAAAUGAGUUCAACGGAAAAAAUGAAGCUCUUUGAAACAUAUACUAAUGGAGAUGAUUCAACGAAAGUUGACAUGGAAAAACGAUAUGGGAAAAAACAGCUAAUAUCCAUGAUAAACGAUAUUCAGGCUGAGACCUGGAUUGGGCAGAACAGCAAACCGUGUCCACAUUGCAACGCGCCUAUUGAGAAAAAAGAUGGGUGCAACAAAAUGUCGUGCCCUCGCUGCAGCAGUUAUUUUUGUUGGCUAUGCCUUACUCAGCUCGAUCCCAAAUGCCCGUAUUUGCACUUCUCAAAUGCAAGUGCUAGAUGCAAUUUAUUCGAGGGCUUAGUUCAAGAUGAUCGCGAAGAUGCCGUUGAAGUUGAUUGGAUAAAUAUUAAUGGUGAUAGUGAUGAUGAUUUCAGCGAAGACGAUGGUUUCAUUAAUAUGCUGUAAACAUUUUUGUCAUACAAAAUUAUGAAAAACCUAAUACGUUACCGGAAAA